GAGGGAGGGAGGCAGGAGGAGGCGGAGGAGCGCGGAGCUGAGCAGAGCAUCGAGCCAGAGGGGAGAUGAGUUUGUCUAUCCUCGGCUGAGGCUCCGGCCGGGCCUAGGGAACUGGGAGCUCGGGCUGGAGCGACACCCGUGGAAGUGGGAGGCGGCGGCUUUGGGACUUUAACCCCUUGUGGGCUCUGCGGUAGGGGAUUUAACCCUUUGUGGGCUCGGCCCCUCGGCGGCAGCGUCAUCGGGUAGUUUUAACCCCUUCGGGGCUGGGUUUAACCCCUUGGACUGAACCAUCGCACCUCCUUGCCCACCUGCUCCUCGGGCUCGGGGGCGCUCUGCAGGGAGACCCGAGGCCCACUUCCUUCGCCUCUUCGUACCGCUCCUGCCGCUGCACCCGGGGGACCCGCUAGCCGGCCGUGCCGUGGGUGCUUUAACCCUUUAGUGACUCGCGCUCCAAGUUGCCGCCGGAGUUUGCGGACGGGACUGGCUGGCUUCUGAGAGGGCGUCGCUGCAGGAAUCACAGACCGGAGGAGGACUCUGCUGGGGGCAAUUUGUACAAGAAAGGAAAACCUUCCCCCCGCCCCCCCAAGGACUUGCAGCCAAAAUUUCUCAAACUUCGGGACGAGGAAUUCGUGAGCCAUGGCCGAGCCGCUCCUUCCAGAACAUCAGCCCCAGCCUCAGGCUAGCAACUGCACAGGUGCUGCCGGGCCCGCCGAGCCGAAGCCCGAGCGCCCCCCCGGCGCGGAGGAGCGGGCGCCCGACGAGGACAGUAGGUGGCAAUCGAGAGCGGCCCCCCAGCCCGGCGGUCCCCCGGGGCCGGAAGGCGAGGGGAGCCGGGCGCCCGCGAUGCCGCCCCUGCAGGGCCAGCCGUGCCUGGAAGCGGGCGAGAGGAGCCAGAACGGGGAGCGCGGCCCCUCGCCGGCCGCGGCGGUUGGGGAGCCGAGCCCCGAGGCGCAGCCCCCGGCCCCGCCGUGCCGCGACUCCGACGCCAGCAAGCUGGGGGCGCCCGCCGCGGGGGGCGAGGCGUGGGGCCAGCAGCUGAGACAGCUGGGCAAGAAGAAACACCGGAGACGCCCCUCCAAGAAGAAGCGGCACUGGAAGCCCUACUACAAGCUGACCUGGGAGGAGAAGAAAAAGUUCGACGAGAAGCAGAGCCUGCGAGCCUCGAGGAUGCGAGCCGAGAUGUUCGCCAAGGGCCAGCCGGUCGCGCCCUACAACACCACGCAGUUCCUCAUGGAUGACCACGACCAGGAGGAGCCCGACCUCAAGACCGGCCUCUACCCGAAGCGGGCCGCCGCCAAGUCCGACGACACCAGCGACGAGGACUUCAUGGAGGAGGCGGGUGAGGAGGACGGGGGCAGCGACGGGAUGGGGGGCGACGGCAGCGAGUUCUUGCAGCGGGACUUCUCGGAGACGUACGAGCGGUACCACACGGAGAGCCUGCAGAACAUGAGCAAGCAGGAGCUCAUCAAGGAGUACCUGGAGCUGGAGAAGUGCCUCUCGCGCAUGGAGGACGAGAACAACCGGCUGCGGCUGGAGAGCAAGCGGCCGGGCGAGGACGCGCGCGUGCGGGAGCUGGAGCUGGAGCUGGAGCGGCUACGCGCCGAGAACCUCCAGCUGCUCGCCGAGAACCAGCUGCACCGGCAGCAGGAGCGGGCGCCGCUGUCCAAGUUCGGGGACUAGGGGAAAACUUUGGGGGGCGGGGGCAAAGGGGACUUUUUACAGUGAUGGAAUGUAACAUUAUAUACUUGUGUAUAUAAGACAGUGAACCUUUUUAUGACAUAAUCAGAAGAGAAAAAUCCCCCCCAUGGCUUUGGUUGGUUUGGCAAAUUUAACUAUGAUGUAGCUUGCGUGCUUUCUCCUGUUCUUUUAAUUAUGUGAAACUGAAGGGUUGCUUUUCUUGUUUUCCUUUUUUAGGGUUUUUUUUUUAUGUGUAAGUAAUUUGACCAAGUUAUAAUGCAAAUUUUGUUUUAAACACAAACCCUCCCUAAAUGGAGCUAUGAGGUGGCCAAAAUCUAAAAACCAUUAAAUCCAUUCUAGUUAUAAUAAAUUUAAUAUUUGUAAAUGUAA